AUGGCAAUGAAUAAAUUCAAUGCUAUGGAAUCAAAUUCAAUGAAAUCCCUUACUGAUUGUUUGUAUUUUAUGAAUGGUCAUUGCAAAUUUGGUGAAAAAUGUAUGUAUCGUCAUUCGUUGAAAGCAAAAAAACAAUUAACUCGGUGUAAUAAAUGGCCUGAUUCAUGCCGAAAAAUACAAUGUUCAUUUCGACAUCCCGUCAUUAUGGCACAACCAAAAGUAACAACAUCAAAUACGUUGACAUCACGACUGUCGAAAGAUAACUUAGUUAGUUUCUUUUGGAAUAUUGAAAAUGUUCCUAUACCUAAAGGACAAAAACCUUUUGAUAUUAUUCAACGUAUUCGACAAAAACUAGUUAUCGAACCUAGUUUACAAGAAGCUGCUUUUUCUUGUUUUUGUAAUAUAUAUACAAUAUCACAAGAUAAUCAACAAAGUUUACAUCAUGCAAAUGUUCGUAUUAUUCAUGUACCUGAUCGAAAACCAGGUGCUGUUGAUCGACAAAUUAUGCUUGAAUUAGAUCGUUUUGAACGUGUUCAUCGUCCACCAGCUACUGUUGUUCUAAUUUCUGGUGAUAUUGAUUUUGUUGGAAAACUAAGUGAUCUUCGUCAUCAAGCUGGAUUUCAAGUCAUUGUUUUACAUAAUAUGCCUGCUAAAGAAGAACUAAAAGCAAUAGUUAAUGCUCACUAUUCAUGGGAACAAUUCAUCAAUAAACAAACAACUAUAAUAGUUCCCAAUUCUUAUUCUAAUGGCAAGGAACGUGAAUACAUAUCAGCAAAUCGUAAAAAUCCUAAGGAAAUGAAACAAAGAAAUGUAUCUCAACGUUGUCCUAUGUGUGAAGCUGAGUUUAACACAAUAGAACAACUUCGACAACAUCAAGAAGAUACAAGUCAUUUAUUUAAUUGUCCCGGGUGUAAUCGUGACUUUUUUACACUAGAAGGUCAACUUCAACAUCAAAAAUCCAAGAAUCAUGUUCUAUGUGAGGACAAACAGAAGUCUACUCAAAUCUAUAGUAGUGAUUGGUCACAUGCAAACAACAAAUUUAAUGAUGAAGAUUCACUUUCUUCAGACAGUUGGUCUACUAUAUCCGAUACAGAUAGUAGUAAUUAA